AUGGUGGGUCUCAUCACGUUCCAGUCGUUUUCUGACGGUCUGGUGUCUGGCAAGCAACCUGAUCCCUCCGGAAUAGGCGAUCUGAGAGGCAAGGUGGAAUAUAUCUGGAAUUGGCGUGAUCGUGCGGGAGAGCCUGCUGAUGGAAAUAUGGUGCACCAACCAAGAGGUCGCCUUGUCUCGGGAUCUAGCAGAUGCCUCUAA